AUGUGCGUCGACUUCACUGAUUUAAACAAAGCGUGUCCCAAGGACGCUUACCCUUUACCCUGUAUUGAUACUCUGGUUGAUAACUCUUGUGGUUACGGCACCUUAAGUUUCAUGGAUGCAUAUUCUGGUUAUAACCAGAUUCUCAUGCACCCAACAGAUCAAGAAAAAACGGCUUUCAUAACUGAGAAUGGUAAUUACUGCUAUAACGUUAUGCCUUUUGGUUUAAAGAAUGCAGGGGCGACAUAUCAACGGUUAAUGAACAAGAUCUUCGAACAGCAGAUAGGGAGGAACAUAGAGGUUUAUGUUGACGACAUGGUCGCCAAAACCAAACCCGGAGACUCUCACAUUCAGGACCUGGCCGAAAUCUUCGGUCAAAUACGGCGAUAUAAUAUGAGGUUAAAUCCAGAGAAGUGUGCCUUCGGAGUCCGAGGAGGGAAGUUCCUCGGAUUCAUCCUCACAAGCCGAGGAAUUGAAGCAAAUCCAGAAAAGUGUCGCGCAAUACUCGACAUGCACACUCCAUCCACAGUCAAGGAAGUUCAGAGGCUAACAGGACGAUUAGCCGCUCUUUCUAGAUUUUUACCAUGUUUGGCCCCUAAGUCUUCAAAAUUUUUUCAGUGCCUAAAAAAGAACGCAAAACAUUUUGAAUGGGAUCAAGAGUGUGAAAUAGCUUUCAAAAAUAUAAAAGAAUUCCUUUCAAAACCCCCUAUACUGCAAAAACCAAAGUAUGGUGAACCGUUGUAUAUAUAUUUGUCUAUUACUGACUUUGCCAUUAGCUCUGCUCUUGUAACAGAAACAGAUAAGAAGCAACAGCCAGUAUACUUUGUGAGCAAGACCUUGCAGAAUGCCGAGCUUCGUUAUCCAAAGCUGGAAAAGCUCGCCCUAGCUCUCGUAUUCUCAUCUAGGCGUCUUCGACCAUAUUUUCAAAGCCACACGAUCAUUGUCCGAACCGAGCAGCCUCUCCGACAAGUUCUGUCAAAACCCGAGCUGGCAGGAAGAUUAAUCAAAUGGGCUAUUGAAUUGUCAGAAUUUGACAUUCAAUACCAGCCGAGAGGGUCGAUCAAAUCCCAAUACCUCGUCGACUUUGUCGCCGAGCUCACCGAACCAAGCUCCGACGCGCCAAGUACAGGAUGGACCUUGUUUGUAGACGGAGCUUCCAACCCUCAAGGCGCUGGCGCCGGAAUACUACUCGAGAGCUCAGAUGGCAUAGUUCUCGAGCAUUCCCUCAGAUUCUCAUUCAAGGCCAGCAAUAACCAAUCUGAAUACGAGGCCCUCAUAGCAGGGCUCAGGUUAGCUAGCGAUUUACAUAUCACCGAUUUAAAGGUUUAUUGCGAUUCAUUGUUAGUAGUUCAACAAGUAAACCACAGUUUUCAAACAAAGGACCCGAUUUUAUUGCAAUACUUAGAUAUUGUCCAACAACUGCUGAAAAAUUUUUUAAAAAUAAACAUUACUCAUAUACCUAGAGAGCAGAACCAUAGGGCAGAUAUUCUGUCAAAAUUAGCAACCACACAAGCACACACCGCCACUCUAUUACAGUCAACUCUAGACAAGCCGAGCAUUGAUGUAUUUACUGUUUUUAACACAACUAAUAAUGACAAUUGGCAAUAUCCUUACAUCCAAUAUCUUCGUUCUGGUCUCAUCCCAGAAGAGAUUCAAAAUAAAAAUAAAUUCCGAAGGCACGCCUCCCAUUAUACAUUGUUGAAUGACAAUCUUUAUAGGCGAGGAUUCUCUCGACCUUUGUUAAAAUGUUUGAACAGGGCAGACGCCGACCUUGUGCUGUCCGAAGCCCACGAGGGCAUUUGCGGAAUACAUUCUGGGGCACGAAGCCUGUCACAGAAAAUCCUCCGAGCAGGUUUCUAUUGGCCGACGAUCCAAGAGGAUAGCAAACGCAAAGUACGAACUUGUGAAAAUUGUCAGAAGCAUGCACCGAUCAUUCACCUGCCGGCAGAGCAUCUGCAUAGUUCGACGAUAAGCUGGCCAUUUGACAAAUGGGGAAUUGACAUCCUAGGACCAUUUCCCGCCGCUCCUAGACAGGUAAAAUACCUGGUAGUCGCAAUUGAUUAUUUUUCCAAAUGGAUAGAAGCACAACCUUUGGCUAGAAUAACAUCCGAACAAAUGAUAAACUUCGUUUGGAAAAGUAUAAUCUGCAGAUUUGGUAUACCUAAUCACAUUACAACUGACAAUGGUCGACCGUUUAUAGACCAAAGUUUUAAGAAUUUUUUGCAGAAUCUGAAAAUCAAACAACACUUCUCGUCUGUUGAACAUCCGCAAUCCAAUGGAUUAGCAGAAGCCGCCAAUAAGGUCAUCCUGCAGGCCCUACGCAAAAAGCUCGAGACUGUAAAAGGCCUAUGGGCCGAACUCAUCCCAGAAAUACUAUGGGCAUAUAAUACUACAGCUCACUCGACAACAAAGGAAACCCCAUUCCGUUUGGUAUAUGGGUCUGAAGCCAUGAUCCCCAUAGAAGUAUCAUUAGGCUCAAUGCGGACAUUAGCAGAAGAACAUAAUCAUGCUAGACGAGCCGAGCUUGACUUAAUUGAAGAGGUCCAGGAAGCAGCAGCAGUCAGACACCGAGCAUUACAGCAACAACUUAGCCGACGAUAUGGACAGAAAGUGCACCAAAGAUCCUUCAAUAAGCACGAUUUAGUUCUCAGAAAGACCGAGCAAGCUCGCCGACCUCCCUCCCAUGGGAAACUCGCGGCAACAUGGGAUGGCCCAUACAGAGUACAUGAAGUCCUCGGGAGAGGAGCAUACAAGUUGGAAGAAUUAGAUGGCACUAUACUCCCCAACACAUGGAAUGUUGGUUCCUUGAAACGAUAUUACAGUUAA